AUGACAAUUUCUUUCUUUCUUUCUUUCUUUCUUUCUUUAUGUUUUUCUUUAUUUCUUUUUUUUUAUUUCUCGGCUCAUAUUCAUUCUUUCUUUUUUUUUUCUUUCUUUCUUGACGAUAUUCUUUCUUCUUUCGUUCCUUCCUCCGUUUCUUUCAUUCUUCGUCUCUAUUCUUUCUUCCUGUUAUCCUUCUUUCUUUCUUUCCUUCUUUCUUUCUUUCUUUCUUUCUUUCUUUAUUUUCAUUAUUUUUGGUUCUUUUUUUUUACCAUGACAAUUUCUUUCUUUCUUUCUUUCUUUCUUUCUUUCUUUCUUUAUGUUUUUCUUUACUUCUUUUUUUAUUUCUCGGCUCAUAUUCUUUCUUUCUUUUUUUUUCUUUCUUUCUUGACUAUAUUUUUCUUCUUUCGUUCCUUCCUCCGUUUCUUUCAUUCUUCGUCUCUAUUCUUUCUUUCUUUCUUUCUUUCUUUCUUCACCUACAUUAUUUCUUCAUUUGUUGUUUGCUUUGUUCCUUUCUGUCUUUUUUUCUUGCCCUAUAUUCGUUCGUACCUUUCAUACUUUCUUUCUUUGUCUCUAUUAUUUCUUCUUUCCAUUCGUCCUUCCUUCCUUUCUUUAUUUCUUUCUUUCUUUAUUUCUCGGCUCAUUCUUUAUUUCUGUUUCCUUUCUUUCUUUCUUUCUUUCUUUAUUUCUUUCUUUAUGUUCUUUCUUCUUUCGUUCUUUCCUUCGUUUCUUUUUUCGUCUGUAUUCUUUCUUUCUUUCUCCGCAUAUAUUCGUUAUUUCUUUCUUUCUUUCUUUCUUUCUUACUUUCAACAUAAUGCUUUCUUACACAUUCUAUGCAUGUUUUUCCCCAAUUUUCUUUGUAUAUUUUCUGUCUGA